AAUUAUCAUGCAAGAAAGCAGGGAGUAAGAUUUUUCUUCGGCUUUCGAAUUUUAUACGUGUCAAACUUUGCCAUGUCGCACGGUGGUAUUUACAGUCUUUUUUACAACCAUGGAAGGCAAUGUUCUUGCCGUCCGGUUGAAGUGUUGUUGGUUUGUAUUACUGGAACUGUUUGUUUGUUAAGUUUGAAUAUCUACGAUGCAACACACUCCACAAGUGCACAGAACGAAAGUUCCGGCGAAAAGAUAUCUUUACCAGCUGGCUUACAUGUUGGUCCUACAAGCUACUUCUUUGCACUUGUUUGUAUUUAUCUUCAAUGUAAAAAGCUUAUCCAUCAAGGAUCUUCAUAUAUAUUAGGAUUUGUGUCUGUGUUUGCUAUCUUUUCCUGUGUAGUUUUCAGCUCUAUUGUUGCCAAUUUAUAUGGCAGAGAUUUUUGGAUUGUAAGGGAAGCUUUACCAUAUUUUUUUCUUCUGAGUGACUUCAAUACAGCGAGCUCAUUAGUGAGACACACUCUUCAGUCUCCAACAUGUGAUGCAGUGCCUAGCAGGAUAGCUGAGAGUAUUGCUUCCUUGGGUCCAGCUGUCACUCUUAAUACUCUUGUGGGAACUUUGGUUAUUGGGAUUGGAACCCUUUCAGGAGUCAUGGAGUUGGAGACCAUUUGUCAGUUUGGCUGUUUGUCUCUGGUUACCCAUUAUGUGAUCUUCAUGACCUUCUUUCCAGCCUGUCUAUCAUUGUUUUUAGAGCUGUGCACAGGACAGGGUCACAGUAGACCAAGGUGGCAAUUAGAGAGUACAGAUGUCCCAGUGGAUGAACUUGAACCCAACCCUGUGGUGCAGGGUGUCAAGCUUAUCAUGUCCACAGGUCUGAUGUUGAUUCAUGUGCACCGAUGGUUAAUGGUUAAAGGUGACAGCCAUGAAAGUGUUCAUGAUGCUUCAUUUGAGGAAAGUGGGUUUAAAAGAUUGUCUUGUGACAUUUUCUUUCAGAUUGUAGUGGUAGUCUUUGCUCUUGGCCUAGCUGUUAGAUACUUGUUAAUGGACAAUGAGGACAGAAUUUAUGAUCAUGUUGAGCACAAGCAAAAACUGACAUCCUUAGAUCACAAAGCACCCUUUACUGUGGGAGUCACUGACCAAGUUGAAGGAUCUGAACAAGCCUGCUCAAGCCAAGAGAAAAACAAACAAGGACCAAGUUCGGCUCUAUUCCUUAAAAAUGGGAGUGCAAAAAGCAUGGCUUCAAAAAAGAUUACUAGACCAAGGUCUGAUUUCGGUCGUCUGCCAAGAAUAGAGUCAGUUGAUGAAGCAUUUGAAAAAGACUCCAGUGGUGUUGAUGUGAGAAUGAAGGUGUCAGAUAGAAGAAGAACAGUAAGCGAAGGCGACCGUGCUAAUGAUUGCCAAAUGAGUGAUGAUAAUCAACAUCCUGAAGGGCUCAUAAGAGCAGACAGCAGUCCACCAGCAGUCCACCAAGAACGGAGCUUAGAAGAGUGCAAGCUGAUGUUGAAGCAAUCAGAUGGAGUGUUUAGCUUGAGUGAUAAGGAAAUACAGAUGUUGGUUGAAUCUAAAGCCAUUCCUGGGCAUCAGCUGGAAAAGGUUUUAAAAGAUCCAGCAAGGGCAGUAAAGAUCAGGAGGAACGUGGUAUCAAAGAAACUUCCAGCUGCUGCAGAUUUAGUUGAUCUUCCUUGUGAUCACUACAAUUACUCUGAUGUUGUGGGAGCUUGUUGUGAAAAUGUCAUUGGUUACAUGCCUGUUCCUGUGGGUGUUGCUGGACCUCUUUUGCUUAAUGGUGAAAACUAUCAUGUUCCCAUGGCAACCACAGAAGGAUGUCUUGUAGCAAGUACGAAUCGAGGAUGCCGAGCUCUCCUGCUGAGUGGUGGUGUAAGAAGCUCUGUGUUUGGUGAUGGCAUGACACGAGGACCUGUUGUAAGAUUUCCUUCAGCAUUACUUGCCAGUGAUGUGAAAAUGUGGUUAGAAGAGGAGAAGAAUUUUAUGGAAAUCAAACAGGUGUUUGACAGCACAAGCAGGUUUGCAAGAUUACAGUCUGUGAAAGGAGUGGUUGCUGGUCGCUUGUUGUUCAUCAGAUUUGUAGCAACCACUGGUGAUGCUAUGGGCAUGAACAUGGUGUCAAAGGGAACAGAGAAAGCCCUGUCUUGCUUGCAUGGGCACUUCCCUACUAUGGAAGUGUUAAGCUUGAGUGGAAAUGUUUGUACAGAUAAAAAGGCAGCAGCUAUAAACUGGAUUGAAGGCAGAGGGAAGUCUGUUGUGUGUGAGGCUAUUGUACCAGGACAUGUUGUUCAUAAGGUUUUGAAGACAACAGUGUUUGCACUUACAGAACUCAAUGCCAGCAAAAAUCUUGUUGGUUCUGCCAUGGCUGGAGCCAUCGGAGGAUUUAAUGCUCAUGCUGCUAACAUAGUGACAGCAAUAUUCAUAGCCACAGGCCAGGACCCUGCACAGUGUGUUUCUAGUUGCAACUGCAUCACUUUAUUAGAGCCUUGUGGACCCACUAAAGAAGACUUAUACAUCAGCUGUACAAUGCCAUCAUUGGAGGUUGGAACAGUAGGAGGGGGUACUGUUCUUGGUCCCCAGUCAGCCUGUCUUAAGAUGCUUGGUGUUGGUGGAGCCAACAAAUCGGAGCCAGGCAAGAAUUCAACAAAACUUGCACAAAUUGUGUGUAGCACAGUCCUUGCUGGAGAGUUGUCGUUACUUUCAGCUCUCGCUUCAGGUGAUCUCGUGAAAAGUCACUUAACACUUAACAGGUCGACCGUAAAUCUCCUAGCAGAAGAUGCCAGCAAAAAUUGUGCAGUGUUGUAGGAAGCCUAGCCGCAACUCGCUUUUCAUUACCACCAAGAGUUAGCAAAUGUUGCUGAACUAACGACAAGGGCGAGGCAGUUACUGACACAUCUCGAUAGUGUCACUGAGUUAACAUUACCACCAUCCUCAUUACACUGAUGCCUCAUUCUGCCCGAGUUAGAAGCAAGUCAACAAGUUUCACGAUAGAAGCUACUGUUGAGAACUUCCAUUUAAUGGUGACACACUGAGGCUCCAUUCGCCUGAUUCUCAGAUGGUAUGAUCAUGAGAUUGCUCGAUCUCAGGAGGGAGUGAGAGCGAGCGACAUCGGACCGUCUGAGAUUCAGAUCAGGCUAAGGCUUCAUGUUCAGGCUUAAAAAGUCAGAAGACAGCUAAGAUGACCAGUGACUGAAGUUCGUCAAUCAGAAUGCUUUUGUUGCCGGUGAAACAUUUUCUAAGUAUUAGGCCGGGUAAAGGUUCUGUGGUCAUCACAUCAAUGAAGUCGUAUAAUUAGUCUUUUGUCAACCAAGCUUGCUCGGCUCUACCCUCGUCACGCAAUCUUCCCUCACGAACGUCUGUUGAGAAGGAAAGAUUGCGUGAUGAGUCCAAAGGAAGUCUGCUUGUAGCUUAUUACUUGACUUGUGUUCUGCUCUGGGAGUGACAGGGUUAAUGGGAUCGCUAGGCCAGAUAUUUGUUGAAAUAUUCCAAAAGCCAUCUAUGAAUAUUUCAAUUAACUUUAUUCAAAACUACACUUAAAUGAAUUUUAAUAUAUGUGUAUACAGCAAAAAGAACAAUAUCGUUAUGAAAGAACAUGUUACUUAUUUUAAAACUACAUUCAUGUCAUGACAAGAGAUGAAAUCAUCUGCAAGAAUUUUAUAUAUUAUUAACUAUUGUUCAUUUGCCACAAAGUAUCUAGUGAGUGUCUUGUCAAUAGGUAAAUACAAAUUUUAUUUCUACAUGUUGGAAAAAUUACAACUUCAAUUAAAAUUGUGGUAAAAAAAAAUCGUUAUGCUCGUUU